AUGAAGAUCACAGAGCUCUACGUCUACCCCAUAAAAGGCCUCCGCCCCAUCCCCCUCCAACACGCCCAACUCACCCCACAAGGCAUCAAAUAUGACCGCACCUUCAUGCUCUACCACGUCAAGACCAAAGCCAGCGAUGAUGGGUCCGUUGAGCUGAAGAAGAUGCAACUUUCUUCCCACCCGCAAUGCGCGCUUUUCGAACAGACCAUUCUCUCGCGCGAAGAUCAAAAUGGGGGGUCAAAGGAAGUACUUGUGAAGUGGCAUGCCCCUGCCCCUGCUGCUGGUCAGGGAGCUGAGGAAGAGCUGGAGCUGCUAGAGCAAGCAGAGAGCGCAAAACUCAAAAGGCUGGAGGCAGAGACGAUCACGGUUGAACUUGACCCGCCACCGAGGAUCGAGGAGCUGGAGCGCGUGGAGGUGGAUUUGCACGGCAGCCCGACGACGUGUUACAAGGUUGGGGAGGAGUAUGAUCGGUGGUUUUCGGAGCGGUUUGGGUUUGAGGUGAUGUUUGUUUAUCUUGGGGAUGGGAAGCGCCAGAUUCUGGGGACGAGUUUGCUGCCACCUGCAACAUCAGCAACACACUCGCAUGCUAGUUCCCGGGGUCAGUCCGGGCAAUCCACUCCCCAGCGACUGCAACCACAACAACAGUCAGGAGGGGGAUGGUUAUCUACCAUAACGAGUCUCACCUCAUGGUUUCCUACCGUCCCGAUUUCGGUUCCCGGGUUCAUCGCCAUCCAAGGCGAACGCGAAGAGGAGGAGGAGGAGGAUCAAGAACAACAACAACCAGACAAGAAGCCAUGGAUCACAUUCACCGACGUUGCCCCCCUGCUCAUCACCUCGGAAUCGUCCCUUUCUAACCUCUCUGCCCGCCUGACCCCUGAGUCUCCCGAAGAAUCCACUAAACCAACAACGCACCCCCAAGUCCCCCAAGUCCCAAUGUACAAAAUGCGACCGAACCUCGUCGUGGACGGCAAAGGCGAAGAAGCCUGGGCGGAGGAUUACUGGGGCGAACUUGUCGUUACUUCCAGGUCUACUUCCAGCACACGAAGGUCAACUUCCAACACUGCGCCAACAACCACCAACAAGAAAACGAAGACAAAAACAAAACUCCACUUGACAGGCAACUGCGCCCGCUGCACCAGUCUGAACGUCGACUACGACACGGGCAAGCCAGCCAAGGGGGAGAUGGGCGCUGUGCUCAAGAAGCUGAUGAAGGAUCGGAGAGUGGAUCCGGGGAUGAAGUGGAGUCCUGUGUUUGGGCGGUAUGCGUUUGUGGGGGAGAGUGCUAUUGUUGAGGAGGAGGAGGAGGAGGAGGAGGAGGGGCGCGAAGUGUGGAUCAGUGUAGGUGAUGAGGUGCAGGUGACGAGGAGGAAUGAGGAGAGGACGGUUAUGGAUUGGCCGUUUUGA